AUGGACGAAUCCAAUGGCAUGCCCAUUCAUCGGGGCCUGAGGAGCAGCUCUCGAAGAAAUGGCUCCUCGAACGGCCAGUAUGGCCCAGUAUACCGAAGAGACUCCAAUUUGACAAACGCGUCGGUUUCAAGCUUUCUUGACGAUGUUGAAAUGGCCCAGGACGAAGUUUUUUCUGGUCCCAUGGGCGAGAGUGUACCUACCUCCAAUUCAUCUUUUCUCCACCGUCGGGAGCGAGCCGACUCGACAACAAGCUUCACAUUUUACGACGAGGAGCCUUUACAGCCUUCAGACGACAGUGCAAUCCUAGACGAUGAAUCCGAGCUCAAUUUUGAAGAGGAGGAAGAGGAGGCUGAUCUGGAAGCUGGCGAGCUAUCUACAAUGAGAAGGACGUCUUCUGGACACUCGAGAGCCUCGGUCCAUGAUCGCUUGCUCCGAAGUGAUAGCAAUGGGAGCAAUUUUGGUCGGGGGCAUCGGACCAGCCAGAAGAUAUACAUAGUCACGGAGGAUCUUACUAUUGUGGUGGCUGGGUUUACGACUUCCACAUCAGGCCUUGCCUUAUACACAACCAUUUGUGUUCUUACAUUUGGUCUUGGAUAUCUUCUCUUCCGUUGGCUGCCACGAUGGCAAGUACGUAUAGUCGGUACGCCAUGCCCGAUGCGAAGCUGCAGUUGGGUUGUUAUAGAGAAUCAAUGGGGAGAAAUGGUGGUUCAAGGCAUUGACUCCAAAGAGUAUGGCCGUUCAAUGUCAACUGUUUUUGGGGCAUCAGAGAAGCGUUAUGCGGUGUUAGACGAAGAGGAUGAUGACCCUGUUCUCGAGGACCUUCGUAUACUUGACUAUCGAUAUAUGCGAUUCUCCUUCCACCCAGUGAAGGACAGGUUUGUUCUUAGCAACAGUUGGAAGGAUCCAGCUUGGACCGAUGUUAAGUCUAUCCGAGCUGGGAUCGAUGGAGAUGAGAAAGAAAUCCGAGAACUUGUAUUCGGAAAGAAUCUUAUCGAUAUAAAGCAAAAGACUAUCCCGCAACUGCUGAUAGAUGAGGCGUUUCACCCUUUCUAUGUAUUUCAAAUUGCCAGUCUUAUUCUCUGGUCCUUUGAUGAAUACUACUACUACGCCGCCUGUAUCUUCCUCAUCUCUGCAACCAUGAGAAGGCUUCGGGAAAUCUCCAGGUUUGAAUGUGACGUUCGAGUAUUACGCAACUCUUUCUGGCGCUACGUGCCAUCAAGCGAACUGGUUCCAGGAGAUGUGUACGAAGUAACAGACCCUGCCUUGACACAAUUUCCAUGUGAUAGCAUUCUCCUCACUGGCGACUGCAUCGUCAAUGAAAGCAUGCUAACAGGCGAAUCUGUACCUGUAUCGAAAGUCCCGGCAACAGAUCAAUCACUGCGGCUUCUCAACCUAACAGCUUCAUCCAUUGCUGCUGAUCUUGCGAGACACUUCUUAUUCUGCGGAACCAAGAUAAUCCGAGCCAGGCGCCCACAGGACGACAAAGAUGAUGAGGCUGUUGCACUUGCCAUGGCCGUGAGAACGGGCUUCAAUACUACGAAAGGCGCUCUUGUUCGAUCGAUGCUCUUUCCCAAGCCCUCUGGAUUUAAGUUUUACCGAGAUUCUUUCAGAUACAUCUCUGUCAUGGGUGGAAUUGCACUGCUGGGGUUCAUUGCAUCCUUCAUCAAUUUUGUUCGCCUGAAGUUGGCUUGGCACUUGAUCAUUGUCAGAGCCCUGGACUUGAUCACCAUUGUUGUCCCACCAGCCCUUCCAGCAACUCUGUCGAUCGGAACGAAUUUUGCACUUUCCCGUCUGAGGAAGAAGCAGAUCUUCUGUAUUAGUCCUCAAAGAGUUAACGUUGGGGGAAAGCUCGACAUUGUAUGUUUUGAUAAAACAGGCACACUUACCGAGGAUGGUCUGGAUGUCCUCGGCAUUCGCGUCGCACAGAAACCUCUAAAUCGGUUCAGCGAUAUACUUGCCGAUGCCCUAUCCUUACUUCCUGUUGCGGCUUAUGAGCGUGAUCCCACUGUUGAAUAUGAUCUCCACAAAGCUGUGCUCCACACUAUGGCUACAUGCCAUUCCCUGAGGGUGGUCGAAGGGGAACUAGUCGGCGAUCCCCUCGAUGUGAAAAUGUUCGAAUUUACUGGCUGGUCUUUCGAGGAAGGCCAGCAACGAGGCGGCGAUACUGAGGAUGAAGAGCAAGGUGGGUUGUCGCCUUCAAUUGCCAGACCGCCUGCUGGGAUGGAAUACGACAUCGAUGAUAAUGACAACCCACAAAGCACCAGCCGAUCACCGAUUGAACUCGGUGUCUUGAAGUCGUUCGAGUUCGUGUAUCAACUUCGAAGGGCAAGCGUCAUCGUUCGAAACUUUGGGUCUCCAGGCUGUGAUGUCUACGUCAAAGGCGCACCCGAGUGUAUGAAGGAUGUAUGUAGAGCUGAAAGCUUUCCCAGCGAUUAUGAAGAGUUGCUUGCUUAUUAUACUCAUCGUGGCUUUCGGGUCAUUGCAUGUGCAACAAAACAUAUUGCCAAACUGAACUGGGUCAAGGUUCAAAAGAUGAAGCGCGCAGAAGCCGAAUCUGGACUGGACUUUAUCGGAUUUAUCAUCUUUGAAAAUAAAUUGAAACCCAGUACAGCAGGGGUACUGGACGAGCUCUCCAAAGCAGGAAUCCGAAAGGUCAUGUGCACCGGAGAUAAUAUUUUGACUGCUAUUAGUGUAGCCCGAGAGUGCAAUCUCAUUGACAAGACUGCUCACUGUUUUGUCCCUCACUUUGGUGAAGGAGAUUUUCAGGACCCCAAAGCCCGGCUAUCUUGGGAAAGCAUUGACAAUAAUAUUUUCACUCUUGAUGAGCAUACUCUUACGCCUUUACCACCGCCAGCAGAGGGAGAUGCCUCACUCCCUUACGAUAUUUCUAACCUGCGUAACUACUCUCUUGCAGUUAGCGGAGAUGUCUUCCGAUGGAUUAUUGAUUUUGCGCAGCCAGUAGUCCUACAAAGGAUGCUUGUUUGUGGUCAGGUUUUUGCUCGCAUGUCACCUGACGAGAAACAUGAACUUGUCGAAAAGCUACAAAGCAUAGACUAUUGUUGUGGCUUCUGUGGUGAUGGUGCCAAUGACUGUGGGGCUUUGAAAGCUGCCGAUGUAGGCAUUUCGCUCUCUGAGGCUGAGGCAUCUGUUGCUGCGCCCUUUACAAGUCGUGUCUUUGACAUCACAUGCGUUCCUGAAGUCAUUCGUGAGGGACGUGCUGCUUUGGUAACAAGUUUCAGCUGUUUCAAAUACAUGAGUCUUUAUUCUGCCAUACAAUUUACCUCUGUCAGCUUCCUCUAUGCUUCUGCGUCAAAUCUGGGAGACUUUCAGUUUUUAUUCAUUGAUCUGGUCUUGAUUCUCCCCAUUGCCAUCUUCAUGGGUUGGACUGGUCCUUUCCCAGUACUUUGUAUGAAACGACCAACAGCAAACCUUGUCUCUCGAAAAGUCUUGACGCCACUACUGGGUCAAAUCGCCAUUUGCAUCUUGAUACAAGCCGUCGGCUUUCGGAUGGUUCGGAGACAGCCUUGGUUCAUACCUCCCCACUUGGAUAGGGAGAAAUCAAACGUCGAAAACUCAGAGAAUACCACACUGUUCUUGGUCUCUUGCUAUGAGUACAUCCUGUCCGGGAUCGUCUUGAGUGUAGGGCCACCAUUCCGUCAAUCAAUGGCCCAUAACUUACCAUUCGUGGUGACAAUUGUGGUAGCACUCCUAUUCUGCUCCUAUAUGCUAUUCGACCCGUCUGAGUCGGUGGCGAAAUUCAUGCAAUUAACGAAGAUGAGCUGGGAUUUUAGAUCAUUUAAUUGGAUCCUCGAUGGAGGCUACCUCCCACACGCUGUCAUCCGUAUAGGAAUCCGGCGCCAGCUGCGCGACCGUAUUGAGCUCAUAAAGAGCACAUCUCUGGAAGAAGCUUACAAAAGUAAGAUGAGCUACGUGGAACUCCUUCGCAGCAGACCCAUUGCCAUUGAGACUGCAACCGCAAAUGAGCAGCAUUAUGAGGUCGGCACCGGGGUUCUGACUGCUUGUUUGGGGCCUAGAAUGAAGUACUCCUCUUGUUUGUAUCCAAAGGGUGGAGAGACGUUGGCCCAAGCAGAGAUUGCAAUGCUGGAGACGUAUGUGGAGAAGGCUCAGUUGAAAGAUGGUAUGAGUAUUUUGGAUCUUGGAUGCGGUUGGGGUUCUGGAGCUCUGUAUUUCGCCGAGGUGCUUCCUAAUUCCAGGGUCACAGCCUUCUCGAACUCGAGAACGCAGAAGAUCUACAUUGACCAAAAGGCUAAAGAGAAGGGUCUCAAAAACUUGACUGUCGUCACAGGCAAUGUAGUAGACUAUGAGUUCGAGAAUGAGGCUUUUGAUCGUGUUGUCUCGAUCGAGCUGUUUGAACAUAUGAAGAAUUAUGAGCUUCUCAUGGCUAAGAUUUCAAGAACUUUGAAGCCAUCAGGAAAGCUCUUCGUUCAUAUCUUCAGUCAUAAUACGACCCCGUAUGACUUUGAAGAGGGUUGGAUGAGCACUCACUUUUUCUCGGGAGGAACCAUGCCAUCUGCAGAUUUGCUUCUUUACUUUCAGCGGGAUCUGAAACUGGAAACCCAAUGGUGGGUCAACGGAAAGCACUACGCCAAGACUUGCGAGGAUUGGUUGUCGAAGAUGACAGCAAGCAAGAAGGAAAUUUGGCCACAUCUUACAGAAACCUAUGGCGAGAAAGAUACCGCCAUGUGGUAUCAUAGAUGGCAAAUCUUCUACAUGGCGUGUGCAGAAUUGUUUGCGUACGAGGGUGGAGACACAUGGGGCGUGAGCCAUUACUUGUUCGAAAAGCCUCGGUCCUCGUAG